ACAAACACGGCGCACAGAGAACAGCGGGGAGCACAAAGGAUUAAACCAGCACCUCGGAAACUUUCCCCACCGGCGGGUUGUGAUGUGAAUUCACGUCGGCGUCAUUCGGACCGUGAGGUUUGGCGGGUGGCAGGCUGACAGCUGCCCGAGAGGCAGCGCAGGGACUGAGGGUGAGCGGCGUGCAGCAGCAGCAGCGGCGCACACCGCGGGCUCCGACCGACCGACCGCCGCUGCUUUUGUCAGCCGAACCGUUCGCAUCCCGAGGCCCAGUCGCUAUCACAGGCCGACCCCCCCACCAGGUAAACUCUUCCCCCCACCGUCGGAGGGAUUGGGAUAACCCCGCAGCCCACGCGUGUGUCGGGCCGCGUCGUUGUCCAAGUGUCGACAAAGAAAACGGAACCAUCAAAUAGCUCCGGUGUGCGCUGGCUAGCGCUAGCCUGGUGGCUAUCAGUAGCUAAUGAGAGCAGGGUUAUCCGCGGUCAAACCGGGGAUGUGGCUAAAUCGACUUCAAAAUAAAUGGGGACGCACUUCCUGUGCAGAGUCAGGAAGUGACUCCAACAUGGGGGUCAAAACCUUCACUCACAACUCGACCUCCCACAGCCAGGAGAUGCUGGAGAAGCUGAAUGCUUUACGCAACGAGGGUCACCUCUGUGAUGUCACCAUCCGCGUCCAAGACAAGCUCUUCCUGGCCCACAAAGUGGUCCUCGCCUGCUGCAGUGAAUUCUUCCGCUCCAAACUGGUGGGCCGACCAGAGGAAGAGGAUAAGUUUGUGUUGGACCUUCAUCAUGUGACUGUUAGUGGUUUCGCUCCUCUGUUGGAAUAUGCGUACACGUCGACCCUCUCCAUCAGCACCGAGAAUAUCAUCGACGUCCUGGCGGCCGCAAGUUAUAUGCAGAUGUUUGCUGUGGCGAGCACAUGUUCAGAGUUCAUGAAGUCAAGUAUUCUGUGGACUCCAGGUAACAACAACAACAACAACAACAACAUGGCAGCGGAAAAACCACAUGAAUCAGCGCAAGAGAGUGCCUCAUCAAACUGUGCCCUGACGCCAUUGGACGGCAGCGUUUCACCUGUGUCGUCAGACUGCAGCGUGAUGGAGAGGAAUGUACCAAUAUGCCGCGAAUCGCGACGGAAACGCAAGAGCUUUGUGACAAUGGCGUCACCUGAGAGUCCUCUUAAAUGCACUACACAGAUUGUCACCACCUCCCCUCAGAUCCCCAACCCAUCCCCCUCAUUCUCAGACAACACAGCCCAGCCGGUGGAGUCCUCCCUGGCCUUUCCAUGGACUUUCCCAUUCGGCAUCGACCGAAGGUUCCACUCGGACAAAUCAAAGCUCCCGGAAAGCCCUCGUUGUUUAGAGCAGGGCGCUCCAGGGACCUCAGAGGUUGCGGCCGGCCGGCGGCUCAGUGACUACCUGUCGUGUGAGAGCUCGAAGGCAGUGUCGUCGCCAGUGCCAGCAGAAGAGGAAGAUGUGAGGGUGAAGGUGGAGCGUCUCAGCGAUGAGGAGGUCCAAGAGGCGUCCUCUCAAGCAGUCAGUGCCUCCCAAAGUUCGUUGAGUGACCAGCAGACGGUGCCAGGGAGUGAACAGGUCCAGGAGGAGCUCCUCAUCAGUCCACAGUCUUCCUCUAUAGGGUCGAUGGAUGAGGGAGCGUCUGAGGGAUUGCCGUCAAUGCAGAGCACGUCUAACGCUGGAGGACAUGCAGAAGAUGAUGAAAGGUUGGAUGGUAUUCAGUAUCCAUACCACCUGUAUAUCAGCCCUUCAGCCCGACCAGGCACUAAUGGCCCGGAUCGGCCCUUUCAGUGUCCUACCUGCGGAGUCCGAUUCACACGUAUUCAAAAUCUGAAGCAGCACAUGCUAAUACACUCCGGCAUUAAGCCUUUCCAGUGUGACCGCUGUGGGAAAAAGUUCACACGGGCCUACUCCCUAAAGAUGCAUCGGCUGAAGCACGAAGGUAAACGCUGUUUCCGGUGCCAGAUAUGUAGCGCCACAUUCACGUCCUUCGGUGAAUAUAAGCACCACAUGAGGGUCUCCCGACACAUAAUCCGCAAGCCGCGGAUUUACGAGUGCAAAACGUGCGGCGCCAUGUUCACCAACUCUGGCAAUUUAAUUGUACACCUGAGGAGUCUGAACCAUGAGGCAUCCGAGCUAGCAAACUACUUCCAGAGCAGUGAUUUCCUCGUGCCCGACUACCUGAGCCAGGUGCAGGAAGAGGAGGAGGUGCUGGGAGUCCAGUACGAGCUGGAGGAGUCCCAGCAUCACCCCGUCUACCCAGGCAGCACCUCCACCACCACUGCCACCUCAUCCUCCUCCUCAGUCCAGAUGCCCGUCAUCUCCCAGGUGUCCUCCUCUACCCAGAAUUGUGAGAGUUCCUCCAGCUUCCUUUCACCCGGGCCACUGGAUCCCAUGGAAGCGCAAGCCUCCCAGAAGAUGGACGCUGACGAGACGUCAGCCAUGACAGAGGAGACCAAGAUGGACAACAGUCUAGGUGGCAGUUCCCCAGAGGUGUUUGAAGAAGGGCAGCAGCAGCACGCCCAGGCCAAGGAGAUGGUUUCUAUUACCAUAGAAUGAUUCAAGUCUUGUACUUGCUCAUCAUGUCUUAUUUUGCAGCCAUGUCAUAUGGGAAUAUCUGCUGGAGCGCCGUGAUGGCUGCAGGGACGACUGAACAUGUGUAAAUGUUGAAACGUCAUCAUGUGAAUCAAGACACCAUGAUAAAAGUUACCUGAAGACUUCGGUUGCCUUAGUUUUACUUUCCACAUGAAAGUCAGAAGCACUUAUUUGAGUUCAUGUUUUACACCAAACCAAUUCCCGCAAAGUAAAUGAUCAUUUUCUUUGUCCUCUUUGCAAUUAUGAUGUAAUUUGACGAAAUGAGAUUUCAGUAGAUCAAACUCUGGGUUCAGUUUGUCCCGAUCCCGAAUUAUCUCCUGAAUAAGCAAUUCAGCAGCAUUUCUGAUGAGUCAUUCUUCAGAAGGUAGUUUUUUUCCCAUAUGACAUGAAUGCAGCACUAGGUAAAAUCAUUUCUGUCUUAGCCAAUUUGAGUUCUGUUACAAAUCCAAGCCUUGCCCUAUUUUUGGAAAGUGCCUGAGUUCCCAUUUUAACAAAGUAACGUUUAGAGGAGGAAGAGGUCUUGACUUUGCCAACAGUAACAAAUCAAGCCUGUAAACUGAGCUAAAGAAGAAAACAUACUUGUAUUUCCUUUGUUGUGAUAAUGCUAGUUUGUAUGGGCAGAAACUCUGUUAUUCCUUCAGUGCCGUCGCUAUAGGCAAACUGUUAAAUGUCAAUAUUAUCUAUAUUGCAAUAGCUUGUUCUGUAGUUUUACUAUUUGACUGCUGUGUAUGUUGGGUGUUGUGACAUAUAUGUCAGGUGUGUGUAUGUGCAUUUUUUUAAAUCAAUAUCAAGUCAGAAGAUUUAAAUUUGAAAUGUCUAAAUCUUGAAAUGAUACUGACAGUAUUCCCUUUUAGAUGUUUGUGUAGUGUAUGAUUUUUCUGACCUAUUACAAGUAUUUUUUUAAUCUCUAAUGAACACUGUUGUUAAAUCAAACCUAAACUCUCAGAGUUUAGAAAAAGAGAAACUCGGAUAAGCACUGAAACAAACAAACAAAUGUCCAAAUAUGACCAAAUUUUAUGUCAGAAGAAUUUUAAAUAUGGAGUUUGAAAGUGCGGUCCCAAAAUGGGUUCUAAGAUGUGGUAAUGUAGCAUUUCAUCCUAGUUGAAGUUGGAUCUGCUUUUCAUUUUGAACACACUUUGUAACAGAUAUUGAUUGAUAUUGAUAUCUGAUUCAGAUUAUGGUUAUCCUGAUUAACCAAGGUACACUGCUGAUGUUCUAAGACGUUGCAUGACUGUUGAAGUGAUGUUUAACUAAGGUACAACGUGAUUGUCUUUUUUUUUAUUUUAUUUUUUUUACCUCUUAUCCUUGAGUGAAUGUUUUUUCUAAAUGAUAGCCCAAGAAUAUUACGUUUCCCCAAAAGUGUGGAUGACCCACCAGCAGUCUUUUAAACAGAAAAGUUACUCUGUGAAAAUAUUCCUGACUAAAAUGUAGCUUCAAACCUGCAGCAAUGGGUGCAGGCAGAUUUUAAAGGCUGUCUAUGACGGCCAGUUUUCAUUCAGAAAUUCUGAGUACAAGGACGUUUGGUCACGUGGUUUUAAAAUAUAGCUUUGGAAGCAGCAGGAGCAUGCUGUCGUGUGAAUGCAAAUACUGUGAGAUGAAUCAUUCUAAGUGAUAAGUUAAAGGUUGCCGUGUUAGGUAAAAGCUUAACCUUCACUUCCAACUGUUUGGCAGUUUCUGAUUUUAUUUUAUGUUUUCAUGCUGAUUUUAGGUCAAACCUCCAACUCCUGUUGCCUGUGUUCCUUGUUGUGCCUGUAUUUAGAGAAGAUAAUGAUGCUCACGGUCAUGGUCCAUGAGUUGAAAGCUACUUACUGUGAAUGGGUUUCUUGUUGAGUGAAAGCUUUCAUUUUCUGUUGCCCCUUGAAAGUAGUGCUAAUGGCCCACAUGUAGGUUUCUCACAGCGGGAUGUAAGCCCUCUUACGAAGGGUUGAUUGUAAAUGUAAAGAUGACUAUUGCUAUGAGAAGGGCAUGAAUAUUAAAGACAGAGUCCCAUUCAUUGCAAUCCAUUGAGACCUAUCUUAAAAAGAGCUUGUGUUACUCCGCCCCAGCCUGUCAGUCACUUUUUUCAAAGUUGUGCCAUUUGCCCUUUUUAUCUGGGUACAUAUCAAGCUUUUUCCUACAGGACCAAAUGUCCUCUGUCUCAAUGGGGAUUUGCCAUGGCAAUCAGUAUCUGCACAUAUUAAAAGAAAGAGAUAAUCAUUUCAAGUGGUCCAUGCUAUUUAGCAAAGGGUUCCUGCUGUUUUGGCCCUGAAAACACUGUAUGAUGUUGUGCUUUUAAGAGGCUAGCCUUAGUAAAUGGACCUAUUAACUCAAGUUGCACAAUAUCAAAAUUUUAAAAAUGUUUUCUAUUCUCCAUUUGUACAUCAUGCUUUUCAUCUGUCGUGUUCGGUGUCUGUAUAAAAAAGUUUUUAUAAUGAAAUGCUGCUGUUUGUUGAAACGCAAAGUGCCCAAAAUAUUUUUGUGAACCAAUGGUGUGCAAUAAAUGGACAGGUGGUGUUUUCAAAGUU